GCUGGUAUCGUCAUGAAGCUUCAUCAGCAGGGACUGCAACACACCCGGACCCUCGUCCCUCAGCAUGGCCCCACUAACCGACACAUGGGCGACCUUUGGCUCCCUGGCCCCUCCACCCACAUCUGGAAUGGGCUGGUUCUGGACUUCACGAUGACUCAUCCCUACAACAGCAGCGGCAGCCCCGUCGGACUUUCUGCGCUCUCCGGCCCCGCCCAACAGAAGAUUUCGGAUCAUCGCGCAAGUAAUGGCACCCAUCACCCGCCGAAAGCCUUUCUUCCCUUCACUGCAGGUACGGAUGGUCUUCUUCAUGCUGACGCUUUGCGGUUUCUCUGGUACCUGGCGGAUCACCAUGGAGCUACGCUGACAGCGGAGUGCGAUGGUUGCGCUCCCUGAUCCUUGUUCCCCUGCUGGUCGUGC